CAGGCAAGCGGUGAAGAAGACGUUAGCAGCGGGCGGGAAGGGGGAUCGGGGCGGCGAGGAAACGGAGCGCGGCCGCGGGCUGAGCUGUCGGAUGGUGGGGUUGCCAGUCGUGAUUACCGAGAGCCGGGGAGAGUGGCCCGAGGGUCAUCAGAUAAACCUAGAGCAAUGUUGAAGUUUAAAUAUGGUGGCCGUGGUCUUAUGGACAAUGGGGCUGGUGAGCCAAUUACCAAUCGUUGUUCCAGACUGAACCUGUUUUUCCAGGGCAAGACUCCUUGUCUGGGUCGGAUACAACAACAGUCUUCCUGCUUAUUGACCAGAGAAGGACUUAUUGAUGCAAUCCUUGCCCUCUUUAAAGAAUGUAAUAGUCCUGACCUGAUGAAAAUAAAGCACGUGGCCAAUUUUGUAAAAAAGUACAAAGAUGCUCUGAAUGAGAUUCGAGAGUUACAACCCUGUGCUGGUGAUUUUGAGGUGAAAAGCGUGAUUGGUCGUGGUGUUUUUGCGGAAGUGCAGGUCGUCCGUGAGAAAGCCACCAACGAUGUUUAUGCAAUGAAAGUCAUGAAUAAGCAGGCGCUGAUUGAAGAGGAUAAUGUCGUAUUUUUUGAGGAGGAGUGUAGUAUCCUAUCACGCAACACCAGCCCCUGGUUGCCUUCCUUACAGUAUGUAUUUCAGGAUAAGACGUAUAUUUAUCUGGUAAUGGAAUACCAGCCAGGGGGCGAUCUGCUGACACUCCUUAAUCGUUAUGAUGAUCAGUUUGAUGAGAGUAUGGCUCAGUUUUACCUGGCUGAGUUAGUUCUGGCCAUUCAUAGUGUUCAUCAGAUGGGUUACGUUCACAGAGAUAUCAAGCCAGAGAAUAUUCUUAUUGACCGAACAGGACACAUCAAAUUGGCCGAUUUUGGAUCAGCAGCCAAACUGACAGCAAACAAAACGGUGAGCUCAAAGUUGCCAUUUGGCACACCAGAUUUCAUGGCUCCCGAAGUAUUAACUGUGAUGAAUGGAGAUGGAUGUUCUUCAUAUGGUGUAGAAUGUGACUGGUGGUCAUUGGGAGUGAUUGCUUAUGAAAUGAUUUAUGGGAGAUCGCCAUUUGUUGAGGGAACAUCAGUCAAAACUAUCAGCAACAUCAAAAAUUUCCAGAGAUCUCUGAAAUUUCCAGACGAGCGUAAAACAAGUAAGGAGUUUCUAGAUUUGGUGCAAAGUCUGCUGUGUAAAGCUAAGGAGCGUUUGAAUUAUGAAGGACUCAUCUGCCACUCAUUUUUUACAAACAUCAACUGGAACAAUAUCAGGCACAUUCCACCCCCUUUUGUACCCACCCUGGAAACUGAUGAUGAUGUGUCCAAUUUCGAUGAGCCAGAGAAAAUAUCGCACCCGAUGAUCAAGGCAGAGCAGCUGAACAAAUUGGGUUUUACAGGAGAGGACUUGCCUUUCGUAGGAUUGUCCUUUACCAAGACACUGGCUGCACUCUCUCGCUCAGAAUCAGUAACUUCAUUGAUGGACUCACCAGCCAAGACUAACUCUCUGGAAAAAAAGCUGCUGUUAAAGAAUAAAGAAUUACUGGAGUCACAGGACACAUGUCAUAAGAUGGAUCAAGAAGUCACACAUUUGCAUCGAAAAGUCUGUGAGCUAGAAACAGCUCUUGAGCAAAAGGAUGUGGAGCUUCAGGCAUCUGAAUCCCAGAAGUCAAUCCUGGAGCAGGACUUGGCAACGUAUAUUACAGAAUGUAGUAGCCUGAAGCGUAGCCUUGAGCAGGCACGUGUAGAGGUAUCUCAGGAGGAUGACAAAGCACUCCAGCUGCUACAGGAAAUCCAGGAGCAGAGUCACAGAAUGCAGGAAAUUAAAGAACAGGAGUUUCAUGCUCAAAUGGAGGAGAUGCAAGUGACUGUGCGACAACUGGAAGAGGAUCUUGCUGCGGCACGCCGGCGGGCUGAUCUUUACGAGACUGAACUGAAGGACACUCGAAUUACAGCAGACGAAUAUAGACGGAAAGCAGCUGAGUCACAGCAUAAACUACAAAAGGCUCGAGAUCAAGGAAAAGCUGAGGUUGGAGAGAUAUAUGCCAAAUUGGAAAAGAUGAACACAGAGCAACAGAAGAAAAUCCAGGAAUUGCAGGAAAAGCUUGCUAAAGCAGUGAAAGCCAGUUCUGAAGCCACAGACCUCUUGCAGAAUGUACGGCAAGCUAAAGAACGCGCAGAGCGAGAUCUUGAGAAGUUACAGGGCCGCGAAAACUCCAGUGAAAGCUUCAGGAAGAAACUGGUGGAAUCAGAGGAACGCCGUAAAUCUCUGGAGAACCAAGUGAAACGACUUGAGAUGGUGGAGCGCAGAGAAAACAAACUGAAGGAAGAUUUGCAGACAAAAUCUCAGCAGAUACAACAGAUGGCUCAGAAAAUCCUGGAAUUGGAGGAGAAUUGGUGUGAAGCCCAAGCAACAGCACAACGCAUGGAAACCAACCUUAGACAGAAAGAGCAACUCUACGAAGAUAAAAUGAAGGUUAUGGAAGCACAAGUGAAGAUGGGCAUUGCAACCAAGGAAUCAUUGGAAGAUUGUCGUCUUAGGCAUGAGGAAGAUUUGCGUAAAAAGUGCAAAUUGAUUGAUGAUCAGAAAGCGACAAUAAAUGCCAUGGAUUCCCAAAUUAAGUCUCUGGAACAGAGGGUAGCAGAGCUCUCUGAAGCAAACAAACUUGCAGCAAACAGCAGCAUCUUUACUCAGAGAAGCAUGAAAGCACAGGAAGAAAUGAUUGCGGAACUCAGGCAGCAGAAGUUUUACUUGGAGACACAGGCGGGGAAGCUGGAUGCUCAUAACCAAAAACUGGAGGAACAAAUGGAUAAAAUCAACCAGGAUGAACAAAGCUGCAAAAACAAGCUACUAGAGCUCGAGAGUAAACUCCGGGAGGCCAGCCUGGAGCAUGAGCAGCAGAAACUGGAGCUAAAGAAGCAGGGGAAUGAGUUGCAGCUGGCUCUGCAGGAGAAGGAGGCUCAGAUCAGAAGUCUGCAAAGUACAAAAACUGCACUGGAAAACCAACUGCAAAUGGCCAAGGCAGAAUUGGAGGAGACCACAACUGAAGCAGAGGAAGAGAUUCAAUCCCUGAGGGCACACCGUGAUGAAAUUCACAACAAGUUUGAAGCCCUCCGAGAAAGUUGCACAGUUAUUUCUGACCUGGAGGAACAGUUAAACCAGCUGAGUCAGGAAAAUGCAGAGCUCAACAGCCAAAACUACUUCCUGACCAAGCAGGUAGAGGAAUUAACGUGCAUCGGAGACGAACGAGCCCAACUUCGUCAGGAAAUGGGGAGAAUGCGUCAGGAACUAUCUGACCAAGAGCUUCAGCUCAGUAACCAAAAACAGACAAUAGAGACUUUAAAGACAACUUGCUCAAUGCUAGAAGAGCAAGUGAUGGACCUGGAGACACUGAAUGAUGAACUCCUAGAAAAAGAACGCCAGUGGGAAAAUUGGAGAUCAGAGUUUGAAGAAGAGAAAGCACAACUUGAGCGGCGGAUCCAAGAAAUGAAGAGGCUGCUGGACAUAGAAAAGCAGGCCAGAAUGCGUGCAGAGCAGCGUGGCAAUGAAUCCCGCCAGGCUGUGGAACAAGCUGUGAAGGAGCACAAGUCAGAGAUCCUAUCAUUACAAAAUUGUUUAAAAGAGCAGAAACUGAAGGCGGAAAGCCUUUCUGAUACGCUGAGUGACCUGGAAAAGAAGCAUGCCAUGCUGGAAAUGAAUGCACGUGGCCUUCAGCAGAAACUGGAGACAGAGCGAGAACUAAAACACAGACUAAUUGAAGAGCAAACUAAGCUACAGCAGCAGUUGGACAUGCACAAGACACACAUCUUCCGUUUGACUCAAGGACUGCAGGAAGCCUUGGAUCAGGCUGAUCUAUUAAAAACAGAGCAGAGUGAUCUGGAGUAUCAGAUUGCAAACAUGCAGAUGGUGUUCUCCCAUGAUAGAGUGAAGCUGGAAGGUACUAUCUCUCAACAGUCCAAACUGAUUGAUUUCCUACAAUCAAAGAUGGACCAGUCAAUUAAAAAGAAAAAGAGUUUGUUUGGGCGCCGGCGUGAGGACCCUACUCUUCCCGUCCAAGUCCCUAUGCAGUAUAAUGACUUGAAAGUAGCCUUGGAUAAGGAGAAAUGUCGAAACAUGGAGCUAGAGGAUGCACUACAGAAAAUACGUGUAGAGCUGAAAUGUGUUCGGGAAGAAGCCGCUCAUUUAAAAACAGUGGAUCACCAGUCGCAAUCAACACCCGCUUCAGCCAGACACCAGAUCCUCAUGUCUGCAAUUGUCCGUUCCCCAGAGCACCAGCCAAAUCCUGUCAGCCUGCUGGCUCCUCCUUCCAGCCACAGGAAGGAAUCUUCUACUCCUGAAGAAUUUGGUCGGCAAUUGAAGGAACGCAUGCAUCAUAAUAUUCCGCACCGUUUCACCGUUGGCCUGAACAUGAGAGCUACAAAAUGCGUCGUUUGCCUGGAUACAGUACAUUUUGGCCGCCAAGCAGCAAAGUGUGCAGAAUGCCAAUUGAUGUGCCAUCCUAAAUGCUCCUCUUGUCUACCAGCAACAUGUGGGCUCCCUGCAGAAUAUGCUACACACUUCACGAAAGCCUUUUGCCGAGACAAAAUGAACUCACCUGGCUUACAACUAAAGGAUCCAGCAUCAAAUAUGCGGCUGGAGGGCUGGAUGAAAAUUCCCAGAAAUGGGAAACGAGGGCAACAGGGCUGGGAACGGAAGUAUAUCGUCCUGGAAGGAUCUAAAGUUCUCCUUUACGACAAUGAUUCAAUAGAUGGACAAAGACCAAUUGAUGAAUUUGAACUAUGCCUGCCUGAUGGGGACGUGACAGUGCAUGGAGCAGUUGGAGCCACUGAACUUGUAAACACUGCAAAGACAGAUGUGCCUUAUGUGCUGAAGUUAGAAUCUCAGCCACACACAACCUGCUGGCCUGGUCAGACACUCUACAUGCUUGCUCCGAGCUUCCCGGACAAGCAGCGCUGGGUCGCCGUGUUGGAGUCUGUUGCAGCUUCUGGACGGAAAUCAUGUGAAAAAGCAGAGAGAGCUGCUGCUGAAGUGGCCCAGAGCGAUGACCUUAUCCUGUUGGUGAAGAAAUUACUGGGAAAUUCUUUGCUGAAGCUGGAGGGAGAUGACCGUUUGGAUAUAAAUUGCACUCUACCACUCAGUGAGCAGAUUGUGCUGGUUGGGACAGAAGAAGGUCUAUAUGCAUUAAAUGUUGUGAAGAACUCCCUUGUGCACAUUCCGGGUGUGGGGUCAGUGUUCCAGCUUCAUAUCCUAAAGGAACUUGAUCGACUCAUCAUGAUUGCAGGGGAGGAGCGAACCCUCUGUUUUGUGGAUAUUAAGAAGGUGAAGCUAUCGAUAGCUCAGUCCCAUCUGCCAGCCCAGCCAGAGCUCAUACCUACAGUUUUUGAUAACUUGAAAGGAUGCCACCUGUUUGCAGUAGGAAAAAUUGAGGCUGGACCCUGUAUCUGUGCAGCAAUGCCAAAUAAAGUAUAUGUCCUCCGUUAUAAUGAGGGUCUUGACAGCUUUGCAAUACGCAAGGAGAUUGAAACAUCUGAGCCCUGCAGUUGUAUACAGUUUACUGCAUACAGUAUCAUCAUUGGAACCAACAAGUUCUAUGAGAUGGAAAUGAAGAACUACACACUGGAGGAAUUUCUGGAUAAGAAUGAUAUGACCCUGGCCUCUGCCAUAUUUGCUGCUUCAUCCUACAGUUUCCCAAUUGCCAUAGCCCAGGUGAACAGCAGUGGACAAAAGGAUGAGUAUUUGCUCUGUUUCCAUGAAUUUGGAGUCAUUGUUGAUUCGUACGGAAGACGCAGUCGCACUGAUGACCUGAAGUGGAAACGUUUGCCCUUGGCAUUUGCUUAUAGAGAACCUUACCUAUUUGUAACUCAUUUCAACUCUCUGGAGGUUAUUGAAAUCCAAAGCCGUAACACAGCCAGUGUAUUGAGUCAUGCUCACUUGGACAUCCCAAAUCCCAGAUAUCUCGGUCCUGCUAUGUCAUCUGGAGCCAUUUACUUAGCCUCAUCCUAUCAGAAUAAACAGCGAAUCAUCUGCUGCAAAGGCAACUUGGUGAAGGAGGCAAGCAAUGAUGUACAAAGUGCAAUCACCAGCCGCAGGUCUCCUUCUCACAACAUGGAUCCGGUUCAGCAGGCAGCAAAUGCAACCAGUCCGAACAAGCGAGGACUUCCCUCAUACAAUGAGCACAUGUCAAAGAAGUUGGCACCUUGCCCGAGAGAAAAUUCACCUCAGGAUUUGAACAGGUCAGUCAGGUACAGAGAAGGGAGGCAAGAGACGAGAAGGGACAAAUCACCGCGGCGAGCCUUGGAGAGGGAGAAAUCACCAGGCAGACCUUUGGACACCACCAGAGAGAGGUCACCAGGAAGGAUAUUGGAUGAAAGCAGAGGAGGUGGUAUGCGUUUACCUGCAGGAUCUGCAAGAGCUCCGGUUACAAAGCCCUGGGACCAAUCUGCUGUAUGAGUACACUGCUGUCUUACAGAUGAAGAGGCAUGUAUUGAUCAACAGAGGGAGGAUGGCUCUCGGACUAAGGAAUUGCACGGAACAAAAUAAAGUCGCGCACAUUUAUCUGCUUCAGUCACUAAGGGAAUGGGAGGGUGGGGCAUUAACUUUAAUCUACAUGCUGCUCGCAAUCUAAAUUAAGAUUGGCUCUUGGUAAUGUGGGUGACUGAUUCAUCUGUGGGGAAAAGGAUUUGCAGAGUUAAAUGUACAAAACUGUAGAAGAUUCACUGCCAUUUGAAAGAUUGUUCCUCUUGAUAGCAAAUCCUUUUAAAUUUUCUCCAGUCAAGUUUGUAUAGUCAAAUGGUUUGCAAGUUUGAACCAGAGAUGAAAUUGGUUAUUAACCGUACACAGUUCAUUACUUGAAUUUUAUACAAAGGUUAUGAAGAGAAACUGAACAUGGAAUUGCAGCAGGAUUUAAUAUAUAUUUUGUGAUAAUCCAUAGCCCUUGGCUAUUUAAUCUUUACUCUCUGCUGACUUGCACUGCUGCUUUGUCCUGGAUGUAUUGUACAUUCAAACAAAAUUGACUGCAGAUUUUUGUAUUUUGUUUCUCUGAUCUGUGUCAAAAAUUCCCAGUUCUGAAGUGUUCCUAUUUUUGUGAGAUUACUGUAUUUUUCUCUUUGUACCGCUUUCUGUCGACAUGCGACUCGUAAGAAUAAAAUGUGAGUCGCAUUUCUGGUGACUCAUUUUCCAUGAAAAUGCUUAAAUAAAUUUAACAUAAUUUGC